AUUUCGUGUAUUAUCACUCUAGUACAUUCUAGAUCCUGAAGUUUUUAAACAACUAUUUAGCAUAUUUCAACAAGAAAUUCAAGGUUUUUCCCGUUUAUUGAAUCGAAUUAAAGUGAAGACCGUUUCGCUGAAAGCAAACGCCGGAUAUAAAUAGAACUUCUAAAUCGAUAUUUGUUAUCAAAACAAAAAAAAAUUGCGUCACACCAGUGUUUGGACUCUCCCAUAAAUCCGCACGGACCAUGUGGCAGAAUUCAGGAGUAUAUCCAGGAGAUCAAUCAGCGCAAGGCGGGUAUCCUCAAGGGGGCUACCCACAAGGAGGUUAUCCACAAGGCGGCUACCCACAAGGCGGCUACCCACAAGGGGGCUACCCACCGGGAGCAUACCCACAGGCUGGCUACCCUCAAGCAGGAUAUCCAGCACCGCAGCCUGGCGUCCAACCUGGUUAUGGAGCAGGAUUUGGCGAGCCGGCUGGUUAUCCGGCUCCAGGCCCAGGCUCCCUGGGUGAGGAUGCGGACGUCAAGGGGUUUGACUUCACAGAGCAGAGCAUACGGAAGGCAUUUGUACGAAAGGUUUACUCUAUCCUUAUGGCUCAGCUAGUGGUGACUCUGGGUUUCAUUACUCUUCUCACAUACCAUCAGCCCACGCAGCUUUGGGUGCGUAGGAAUCCUUAUUUGUUCUGGAUAGCUUUUGUAGCGGUGAUAGUGUGUCUCAUCGUCAUGUCGUGUUGCGGCAAUGUUCGUCGCCAGGCCCCCAUGAACUUCGUCUUUCUCGGCAUUUUCACCGUCGCUGAGAGUUUUCUGCUCGGUGUCACCAGCAGCAUGUAUGACAGCUCCGCGGUGAUGAUGGCAGUGGGAAUAACGGCCGCCAUUUGCCUGACCCUGACAAUAUUUGCGACGCAGACCAAGUACGAUUUCACCGCGAUGGGCGGGGCUUUGCUCUGCGCCACUGUUGUGCUGUUACUGUUUGGCAUAAUAGCGAUGUUCAUACCAGGCAAUAAAAUAGUGACCCUAGUGUACGCUUCUUUGGGUGCUCUGCUCUUCUCCCUGUACCUCAUCUAUGACACUCAGCUAAUGUUGGGCGGCAAGCACAAGUACAGCAUUUCGCCUGAGGAGUACGUGUUCGCAGCUUUGAACCUGUACCUCGACAUUAUCAACAUCUUCAUCUAUAUCCUGACCAUUAUUGGAGCAAGCCGGGACUAAGCUAGAUCAGCUUGGGUUUACUGCAGCUAAAUGUAAAAAGCGAGACUGACUGUCCAAGAGCACUACGCCAAUUUUAGUUUAUUUUCUUUUCGUUAUUCAUCUACACUUAUGGACAGUCUGUGGCAAAGAUAUAGGUGUUUUCGUGUAUUUAUUUUGUUAAUUAAAGCUGCUGUAAAUGGAUAAUAUUUAUACAAAAAUGUUACAUUUAAUAAAAAUAAACUAAGGAUCUUAUAUCUUUGUGUUGUUAAAGACUAAUUUUGUUAAUAUGCUUAUCACAUAAUAUAUAUUUACGAAUAAAACCUCAUUGUUGAAUCAUCCAUCCAAAGUUUAUUUACCUCUCAUUUAAUUUUUAAAGCCAUCAUUUAUUUCUUUUUCACACAUUUAAAGAUAAAUUUGAGAAUUAUUACCAUGAUGACACUGAUUGUUAAUAAGUAGAACAUUUUUCGAAACUUUUUAACAUUCCAAAGUCACCAGUGAUAAUUUUUUUACUUUUGUAUGUACACACACACAGACAAACUUUUCAUACAGAAAUUUAUACGGUGAGCUUGUACAAAGGCACUACUUACUCUAAAUUAUAUUGAAAUUAUUAAAUAAUAUCCCAAUUCCAGUAUUAAAUUAAAAAUUAUUAUUUUUUAAUAUAUAAACUAAUAACUUUUUAUUACAUUUUCUUGUAUUUAAUUAACAUUAAUAAGUAAUUUCCUUAAAUAUUUUAUUUAAUAAAAAGUUAUGAGUUUAUUUAAAAAAUAAUUAUUUUUUUAUAUUACCUUGUAAAAAUUGGAUAAUUCGUGAUUGUUUCCAUUUUGCUCAUAUUCUAAAUUGAAAACAAAAAAGUGGUACAACAGUAUUUAUUGACUGGGCAUUCUAAGUUAUAAUAGCCUAUCUAAAAUAAUUAAAUGUAGGAUAAAUAAUAUGUAAUAUGAUUAAUAUGAAUUAUCAUGGUCCGCUGGGCAAUAACUAUGUGUUUUUUUCUUGAAUAAAUUCUGUGAUAGAUGGCCAUCU